AUGUCGAAGAAUAUGGCACAGCCUCCGGAGCUUGGGAUGUGCAACACUUGCUUGAGCUGGGGAGCCGCUCUGAGAUGUUCUCAAUGCAAGGUUGCGCCGUACUGCAACGCAGAGUGUCAGAAGAAGGAUUGGAAGAAUCACAAGAAGAUCUGCAAGAAGCAGGACACUUCUAAGCUCGAUUACAACGCCAUCGUUCACAAGACAGUCGACGCCGUUCCCGAGCUUCUGGGCCUCCUAUCCACGCCCUUGACGGAUCCCGGAAACGCGUACCUACAGCUGAUCGUCAAGCUCGUUUGCAUAUUGAACGAUAUCACAACGGUGGACAAUAGCGCGAAGAUCACUGCCACGGACCUACGUUUCGAUCUUCGUCCUUGUCGAUGCCCCGCGGACAAGAGUGGACAGUGGCACACGCUCUUGCAGCUGACGAGCAUGCAUUCGCUAACGGGACGCGGGGCACCGUUCCUAUCUGCACCUGAGACCCUGGCCUCUCGUGCUGCUGCGGACGCGAGGCUACAUGCUGCAACGGGCAGAUCGAAGGACGCGAAGGAUCGUACGUCGUAUGUGAAGUUCUUCUGGGUACCGGUUCUCCCUGGAGUGGCAAAGAAGGCGGUGCAGGAGAUGAAGAAGAGCGGGAUGAGUGAAGGCGAAUACAUCGACUCGCUUGUGGGCAAGUUCAAUGACAUGAUCAUCCACGACAAGGUCCGAGGUGCCCCUCAUGAACAUGCGUAG